UUUAUUAGCAUACUGCGCAGUAUAUAAAGUGAGACAGACGCAUGAGACGUCACUCUGCCCCUGUCCCAGCGAGACGUGCGACCUGUGAUUUCUCUGAAUCAAACUCUGAGCCUCUGCAGACAUGUCUGACAAACCUGACCUCACGGAAGUCGCGUCAUUUGACAAGACCAAGCUGAAGAAGACAGAGACUGAGGAGAAGAACACAUUGCCGACUAAAGAGAUCAUGGAGCAGGAGAAGGCAGCAGCUUGUCAAACUACAUCAUGAACACUGCUCCUCCUAUAUCUAUACAUUCCACAAGCCUUGCAUUUUUUUUUUUCAACCACCAAGUAUGCAAGUUGAAGUUUUUAAUAAUUGACUAAACAAUGGUUCCAAACAGCUCUCCCUUGUGUAUUACGAUGUGUGGCUUGAUGUCGGCAUUGGGUUCCUGGUCAUCUGUUUGAACUGGGUGUGUCAUGAUACAACUGGGGGACCAACACUUUGUGAUUUGUAGCCCUGCUUUUGCUGUUUGUGAAUUCCAACAAAGCAACUGGUCUUUCUGUAAAAAAAUAAAUACAUCUGGAAUGUGCAAAUUUGUUAAAUAUGCAAAAUAAAAAAUGAAAUUCA